GGGGGCGGGGCCGGGCGGCCGAGAGCAGCAGCGCCCCGAACGCGCGACACAGCCCCGCCGCCAUCGCCGCCACCGCCGCGCCUGCGCCGAGCCGGGGGCCGGGGGCCGGGCGCCGGGCGGGGCGGCACCGGGGGAGGCCGGCGGGGCGGAGACGGCGGCCAUGUUCGAGUUAAAGGGGCUGCGCCGCUGAGGAGCGGGUGCUGCUGGGCUGGGCUUCCGUCCCGCCCCGGGACUGCGACCGGCACAGCGACCGCCACCGCCAUCGACACCGAGCGCCGAGCAGGAGAGCAUCCCAUCAUCCUGUUUCUGGAGCCUGGAUCUCCUCCUCCCCCCUUCCCCCCCCGCCCGCUGCAGUGUGGUUGGCUGCCGAGCGCCUGGUGCCUGCGCCUCUGCUAGAGCCGGAGUGCAGCGCGGUGGGAGCCGCGCAUCGCCGCAGCCUGCGCUUCCCCGCAGCGCCGGGGCCUCCGGGACUGCCAGCGCUGGACAAGCUGCUGCAGGCAGCCAGGGCUGCAGAAGCAGGACUAUGUCCACCAUGGUGUACCCUAGGGAGGAGAAACUGGACAAGUUGAGCCAAGAGGAGAUAAUUUCCAACACCAAGCUAGUGAUGCAGGGGCUGGAGGCACUCAAGAAUGAACACAACUCCAUCCUGCACAGCUUGCUGGAAACCAUAAAGUGCCUGAAGAAAGAUGAAGAAGCCAAUCUUGUGCAUGAAAAAUCCAACCUGCUCCGCAAGUCAGUGGAGAUGAUUGAGCUGGGGCUUGGAGAGGCUCAGGUGAUGAUGGCAUUGUCCAACCAUCUGAAUGCUGUGGAGUCAGAGAAGCAGAAGCUGCGUGCUCAGGUCCGGAGGCUAUGCCAGGAGAACCAGUGGCUGCGUGAUGAGCUUGCCAACACCCAGCAGAAGCUGCAGCGCAGUGAGCAAACCGUGGCUCAGCUGGAGGAGGAGAAGAAACACCUUGAGUUCAUGAACCAGCUGAAGAAGUAUGAUGAGGAUGUCUCACCUUCGGAGGAGAAGGAGGGUGACUCCGGCAAGGACUCUCUGGAUGAUCUGUUCCCGAAUGAGGAGGAGGAGCAUGGUCCUGGACUGCCCCACCAGCACAGUAGUGCAGUGGCAGCUGCCCAGCAGGGAGGCUAUGAGAUUCCUGCACGCCUGCGCACGCUCCACAACCUUGUCAUCCAGUACGCCUCACAGGGACGCUACGAGGUAGCUGUGCCGCUAUGCAAGCAGGCACUGGAGGACCUGGAGAAGACAUCAGGCCACGAUCACCCCGAUGUGGCCACCAUGCUCAACAUCCUGGCACUAGUGUACAGGGAUCAGAAUAAAUACAAAGAGGCAGCACACCUCUUGAAUGACGCUCUCUCCAUCCGUGAGAAGACUCUGGGCAAAGACCACCCAGCGGUGGCAGCAACUUUGAACAACCUGGCUGUUCUCUAUGGCAAGAGAGGAAAGUACAAAGAAGCAGAGCCACUGUGUAAGCGAGCCCUGGAGAUCCGUGAGAAGGUCCUAGGCAAAGACCAUCCUGAUGUGGCCAAGCAGCUGAACAAUCUAGCCCUGUUGUGCCAGAACCAGGGCAAGUAUGAUGAGGUGGAAUACUAUUACUGCAGGGCUCUGGAGAUCUAUGAGAGCUGCCUGGGUCCUGAUGACCCCAACGUGGCCAAAACCAAGAACAACCUGGCCUCCUGUUACCUGAAGCAAGGCAAAUACAAAGAUGCGGAGGUGCUGUAUAAGGAGAUCCUCACCCGUGCUCACGUGAAGGAGUUUGGCUCUGUGGAUGAUGAACACAAACCAAUCUGGAUGCACGCAGAAGAGAGAGAGGAGAUGAGCAAGAGCAAGCACAGAGACAGCGCCCCCUAUGCUGAGUAUGGUGGCUGGUACAAGGCCUGUAAGGUCAGCAGCCCGACGGUGAACACCACGCUGAGGAACCUGGGUGCGCUGUACCGGCGCCAGGGCAAGCUGGAGGCGGCAGAGACCUUGGAGGAGUGCGCGGUUCGCUCCCGGCGGCAGGGCAUUGACCCAAUCAACCAGACAAAGGUGGUGGAGAUCCUGAAGGAGGGAGAUGGCACAGAGAGACGUCGGAGCCUGGGAGGCAGCGUCAAGUAUGAGAAUGCCACAGACGGUAGCGAGGAAGCUUAAAUGCCUCCCGAGACUCCCUCUUUCCCCUCCACCGCAAUCACCUGGAUGUUUGUGUUGUAUCUUCCGACUUUUCCUCCACACCAUCCCUCCUUCCUCGGCAAGAACUCCACGCCAGCCCCCCAACCCUCCCGGCGCGCGAGGGCACCGCCACGCCUGCAGAGGAGUGAGGUCCUGGCCAGCGCCAGCCCCAUGGCCAGCAAGAGCAGGAAGAAGCUGCGAGGAGCUGCCUGCUCUCCUAGGCCAGGGCGACAGGCCACCAUCCCCUCGUGUGCCCCCACCCCCGCCUGCCCUUGCGCACCGCUGGGGACCAGGCCUGCAGGGGAUUGUCUUCACUCCAGGCGUACCGACUCCACCAUCAUUAGCCAUCCUCAGCCCUCCUAGCUUGUUCCCUCCAUGUCUGCAGAAGCCAGGAGAGAGGCAUGAAGAUGGGGAGCUGUUCUGGGACAGGGAGGCCUGGCCUUGGCAGGGCUGUCAUGUGCCCAGUUGCUUUCUUCCCUGUAGGCUUAGCUGGUGUUAGUGUCCUGUAGCAAACCUGCACUGGCCACUGGUGAGCUGGGCUCUCCCCACUUGGAGACCCCCCUGCAGCACAGGGCAGUCUUGCUAUCCUCCUCCCUGCUGAGCUCUAUGCGACCCAGUGGCAGCAUGUGGGCCUCUGUAGCGGCAUGGGAAUGUAGGGUGGCCCAUAGCUACUGUACAUCCAAGACAAGGUGAGGGGGUGACAGCUAAGGGCCAUGCAUGAAGCAGGGACCUGCUAGACAGGUAUGUUUGGUGGCAAUCUCCUGACCUGGUGCUGUCACCUAAUUCCUGAUGGCAUUAAGGGGUGAAUCAGCUCCCCCUUGCUCCAGGGUCCCCAGGUGUGGCUGCUGGGAGAGGCGGGGUGAAGCUGUUUGCUGUUCCUUGCAAGCAGAGGAAGGGUAGGAGGAAAGCAGAGCUUUUAUGCAGGGGCCAGGCGCCAUGCCAUUCGUAGUGGCUGAUAAGGGGGAAUGGGCUGGUUUGGAGCAGAGUGGUUGGGAGAAAAAUGUGGAAAGAAGGAUAUGAGGAAAGGAAGAGUUGAGGCUUGGAGUGCUCUGAAGAUGUGGGGGCAGAUGGGAUGGUUUGAGGGAGGUUUCCAUAGGAGGAGAAGGGGCUAGGUUGAUUGUGGAAGGGGGGAAAUUCUUGAACACAGGACCUGGCUCAGCAGGCUGGUCCUGGGCUGUGAGUUCCUGCCUGGCUGUCCCUUGCCAAGCAGGUGGGAAACCUGUAACUCUGUCACUGCUGGGAAGACAGUGCUGACCCUGGGCAUGCGUGGAGGUGGCUCAGUGCCUCUCAUGGGGCUCCAGACGUGCACAGGGUCUGGUGCUGUCAGUCAUUAAUGGGAAAGGGGAAAGUUUCCCAAGGCCUUGAGCCUCACAGCCUUGGGUGCACACCCUCAUCCCGCUUCCUAUGGGAUAUGAACCCUGGUCCUCCUACCUGUGAAGGAAGCCGGGGAGGCUGCAGCCAGCAGGUUAGAGCCCAGUGGCCAGCGCAGGAACCCUCUUAUUUAUUUAGCUAGCUAGUUUCUCUCAUGCUAGUCAUCUGGCAGGUUGUGAUUCUAAAUGUGCUUGUGUCUGCCUGGGCCUGGCUUUCCUGUCGUGGUGCAGAGGCCUUGGGGCAUGUGCAUCCUGCUGCCCUGGAAGCUUGUGCUUGCUGACAGGAGCUUUGUCCCCGGGACCAUGGGGUGUGGAGCGCAGGGCUGAGUGCUGCAGGGCUGUGCCUCCCCUGUCUCUCUCCCAGUGCUGCUCCAUGCUCUGGGGAGCGGCGAGUCCCCAGCACAGAGUGUGUUGAGGUCUCUGUAUGCUUUGCCCUGUGCUGGACCCGGUGCUGUAACAACCGUACCUCUGAUUAAAGGCAGACAGACCCGAACCGCUGCCCUGUGCUUCUUUCCAUGCUGUGUAGGCCAGCGCCGGCCAGCCCAGGGGUGGCGGGUGCAAGUGCUGCUGGAGCUGGUGUGGGGGUGCUUGGUGCCUGUGUGUCUGCAGGGGCUGUGCUGCCCCCAGGGCACCUCUCCAAGGAAUGAGGGACCCAACUUUAUUGUGCCUCUCCCUAACCUCCAAACUGGGGUUGCUACUAACCUCGGCUCGGUAGCUGUGUGUGACAGGGCUGCCCUGGAGCAUUGAGCUUGGGCCUUCCCCAACCAGUGUUUCCAUUAGUCAGAGCAGUUCCCCGGUGCUGAGCUCCACAUGCUGCCAAACCCUGCCCAAAUCCUCUGCCUCUGUGCAGCAGUCAGGGUGGGAGCACGCACCGGAGAGUGGCUCCGUGAUGGAGUUGCUUCUUUGAGUGCUCUCAUCCUGGUGGUUGCAUUGGGGUAGAGGCUCUGCAGUAAACCAAGCCCCAUAAAUGUUCUGGCUUAAAAAUAACCCUGCAGCAAAGGGAGUAGGGAGAGGAGGGAGGCUAUUUUUAACCCAGCAUGCACCAGCAUUUGGUUCUGGUGUUGGUCUGCAGUCAGUCUGCAUUGCUGCAGCUGGGGAAAUGCCCUGACCCCAAAGCAUACUUUCUGGCUGGAUCCUGCUGCCCUUCUACCAUGGUCCCACUCCCCUGCCCCAGCUGUGUUCCCUUCUCCAUCCCUCGCUUAUGUGCUCUGGCAAGAACAAUGCCUGGUAUGGCAGUACCUUGGUGACCUGGUGUAAGUGUGAUGGGGAAGCAAAAGACAUCCCACCCCUGUCUCUGCUGGUGCCACAUACCAGGAUGCCUGGAGUUGAGUUCUUUUCCUUGCUCAUGCUUUGGUGCUCUCUGCAUUCCUGGUGCGUGGGUCCCUUGCAGCAGCAGCACAUGGCUCUCAGUUUGGAAACCCCUCAUCGUAAUGAGAAAGUGAAGAGUUUCAGUGCUCUUGGUUUAGCCAAGAAGGGAUGAGAUGCAUACCUGGAGAAAGGGUUGUUGGUAGGAAAAGUCCUAUUCAGCUGUUGGAGCAGGGUCUAGGGCUGGAUGGGCUUUGGGUAGUCAGAGCAGGGAAGUGUUGGAAAAGCCUUCCCCGGGGCCACAAUCUGCAGGGCUCGGGAGAAGGGGAUGACUGGCCUAAGGCAGACACUGCGCUUACCUGCAGAGCUGCAUGGACAGUCCUGAUGCAAUUGCUGAUGCCAGUCUGGGCCACAGGGCAUUUUGGUCAUUUGGAGCGGUACAGAGGGGCUCCCACACAUGCUUGUAAGGAGCAAAGGGCUUUUGUGGUUGCUUUAUCUCUGUUUUUUCUGCCCUGAUGUGCCAGGAGCCAUUGGGAUCAGGAGCAGGGAGCACAGCUGUUACUGAGCCAUCAGAGCAAAAGUAACCACAGCAGCAGUGGUGCCCUAGCCUUGUGUAAUGAGCAUGCCUGGCCACAGGGGAAGAGCUUGGUGCCAUGGGCACAGUGGCAUGAGGUGGUGUCAUCCUGGCAGCCUGUGCUAUGCAUGCAUGUGGACUUAAACGGUGGGAGAUGGGCUAGAGCCUGUCAGGGGCGGAGAGUGCCUUUCUCUGUAGUGGGGGGAUUGGGGGGGCAUGUGGGAGGAAACAGGCUGGGGAACAAAAUUAGGGCUGGUUUUGGUCUUUUGAAAAAGCAGGGAGCCAUAAAGACUCCCCUGCAAAAUGCCACCCCAGGGCAGCCAGCAGGGCCAGGCACAGCUGAAGUUGGGGUGCUGAGGAGAGUGGUACCCGCUUGGCAACACAGUGUUGGUGCAGGCACAUGAAUGCAUCCCAGAUGGAGCUGCCUGAAUUGCUCAGCAGGCUCAAAGUGAAUCAUCUCGGGGGUGUUAGAAGUGGGACAAGGCU